CGAACCUCAAAGUUCCUAGGCCCAGCUCUGCCUGGAAUUCCCCCACCCUCAGGUCCCCAAGCUCAUCAUUAUCAACUGUACUACGUCUUUGUGAGGCUUGGGUCCACACCUCAUAGAUCUCGUCCAUCUCACUCUCAGCCUCGCCAUCCCAUCUGAACCUCUUUCUUUCAACAUAAUUCUCGUCUUUUUUCACUUCCUCCUCCUUUCUCAUCCGCACUUUGACUCGUAAUCGCUAUAAUGGACCCCAACGAGCAACCCUCAUGGGCUGGAGGCGAUGCCCCAGACAAGGAGAAGAUGGAACAGAUCCGUGCGAGACGUCUCGCCAAGCUAGGGACAUCAACGCCUGUGUCUGCCAAGUCAGAUGAGAACAAGGCUCCCGAUUCCGAAUCGUCGAACCCCUCGCGCACGUCAACGCCGAAGCCGCAGCCGCAGCCGCAGCCCGCAUCCGCUGAAUCACGGCCCAAGAUCAACGUCACUCCCGCCGCUCCGCCGGCAUCUUCCAGCCCGAACCCCUUCGACAAGCUAGGGGUGAAGGCGGAGCCGUCGAGUUCAACAGGUACUUCCUCUGUGAAUCGUAAAAGACUGGCAUCUGAGAUUGACGACGUCGCUCCAGCGGAUCGACCCUCCCCCAAGCCAUCCACCACUCAACCCGAGUCCGACGAAUCCUAUGCCGACCGAACAUUGUCACAGAUCUUCCGCAUCACUGUGGACCCGCAUAACAUGGUCAACAGCAGUGGCCAACGGCUGACAUUCCUCCCGAACCUAAACGAAGAACUGAACGAGUCCGGGGAGCCUUUGAAGCUGUCCGUGAACACGCUAGAUCAAGCGCUUAUGGAGGCGGCCAGCAGCUAUCCCCAUGAUAAGCCUCUCAUGAACUACUUCUUGCCAUGCUGGAAGCGUGCUGUGAAAGCCUCGCUCCAGUUCAAGGGAACAGAGGGUCCAAAGUUCGAGGUGCAUGAAGAGGCCAAGCGUUUGUGUAUGAGCGGCUGCUUGUUUGCCCUGACCAUGCCGGAUCUCUAUGGGUAAGCAAUUUCACCGCGUCGAAGAUAUAAUCCUGACGCUUCAUGUAGCCGAUCACCGAACCCUAAGCAUGAUACACUCAUGCCAUACCUCUUGAAGGGCGUGCAGGACGAGAACGGCCUUUGCUUCAACUUCAUACAGGAAGCUAUCAAGCGAUUCGAUGACGACGAGGCCUUCCCUGCUUUGUUCAACGAUGCCAUGGUUCAAAUCAGCAGCAAGCUGGGUACAAUCUCUAUGGACCAGGAUUACAAGCCGUAUAUCCAGGCCAUGUUGACGUACACCAGAUUCCCUCCUCUAAUCGUGAACCUCGCCAAACACCCAACCUUCACCAUGGCUCAGUCAGCUGCUGGAAUCGAAAAGCACACCCUCUUGGGUCCGUUCUUCCGCAUCUCACCACUUCAGAAUGAAGUCAUCAAGAGCUAUUUCCCUGGGGCUCGUGGUCUUGACAAGGGUAGAAUCGCAAACUCACAAGACGCUUUGCGAAUGGUGCUGAGGACACACCAAGAUGAUCUUUUCGCGAUCACAAACGCCUUUAUCCGCGCCGGCCAGGAGACCAGAUCUCGAACCCUGGACUGGUUCGCCUACAUCAUGAACUCAAAUCACAAGAGGAGGGCACUACAAGUUGACCCUAGAGAGGUUGCUUCCAACGGAUUUAUGAUUAACGUGACCACGAUUCUAGACCGAUUUUGCGAACCCUUCAUGGAUAUGGAUUUCAGCAAAGUAAACAAGAUUGAUGACAACUAUUUCCGAAAGCAACCACGGAUAAAUAUCAGCGAUGAGACAAAGCUGAACGCAGACCAGUCAUACGCGGAUUCUUUCUAUGCGAACAAGAUCCCUGGUGAAACCAACUUCAUCUCGGAGGCUUUCUUCUUGACCCUAGCAGCGCAUCACUAUGGAAGUGAAGCCUGCAACUCCCAACUGAAGAAUUUGGACAGGGAUAUAAAGUAUCUGGAGAAGAGAGUCAAGAUUAUGGAGGCAGAUCGUAUCAAGUUCGUGAACAAUCCUGUCCAACUUCAACAAUAUGACAAGGCUGUUCAGAGGCACGUCGAUGCUCUCGAGAAGAGCAUUGCUGUCAAGCUUUCCAUCGAAGGUGUCCUGCUUGAUGAACGGAUGCAGAGCACUUCAUUGCGUUUCAUGCGCAUUGUGGCUGUGUGGUUGCUUCGUUUGGUGACUCGAUCAGAGUACAAGCCUGGUCAAGAGUCGAAGGAGAUACAACUUCCCCUUCCUGCGGAGAAGUCAGAUGUAUUCUCAUGUCUUCCAGAGUAUACGCUACAGAAUAUCGUGGACAAUUUUAAGUUCAUAUUUAGGUGGCUACCUAAGAUUCUCCCCAGCGCUGUUGGCGAUGAAAUGAUUGCGCUUUGCGUAACAUUUCUCCGCUCAACUGAGUACAUCAAGAACCCGUACCUCAAGUCCUCAUUGGUCUCACUGCUCUUCUCGGCGACUUGGCCAUUGAUGCAUCUCAAGCGAGGUGUUCUGGGCGACCAGCUUGUUGGCAGCCAGUUUGCCAAUGAUCAUCUUCUCAAGGGCUUGAUGAAAUUUUACAUCGAGUGCGAGUCAACGGGCGCGGAUUCUGCUUUCUAUGACAAGUUCAACAUUCGAUACGAGAUCUUCCAAGUGAUCAAAUGUGUUUGGGUCAACGACCACUACAAGCGACAAUUGACACGGGAGAGUCGAGUCAACAAGCAGUUCUUUGUUCAAUUUGUCAACAUGUUGUUGAACGAUGCUACUUAUGUCUUGGAUGAAGCUUUAACCAAGUUCCCCAAGAUUCGUGCUAUUGAGAAGGAACUUGAAGAUCCGUCAAUACCACAAGAGGAUCGCCAGAAGAAGGAGGAGGAGAUGCAACAGCUGGCUAACCAGGCCACGUCUUUCAUGCAGUUGGCCAACGAGACGCUUGAGAUGAUGAAGCUAUUCACAGAGGCUAUGAGUGAAGCCUUCACUAUGCCCGAAAUUGUGUCUCGUCUGGCAAGCAUGCUCAACUACAACCUGGAGACGUUAGCAGGAAAGAAGGCGGCUGCCGAGCUCAGUGUCUCUAACAGAGACAAGUACCACUUCCGCCCUAUCCAGAUCAUUUCAGACAUUGUCGACAUCUAUCUCAACCUCGGCAACUCACCAGUCUUCAUUGACGCCGUUGCUGCAGAUGGUCGAUCUUACAAGCCUGAAGUGCUGGAGCGCGUUUCACGCAUUCUCAUCUCCAAGCACCAGAAGGAUCCUGCCGAUGUUGCUCGCUGGGACAAGCUCAGGGUGAAGUUUGUCGACGCCAAGACACUCCUCGACCAAGCGGAACUCGACCUGGGUGACAUCCCUGCCGAGUUUGAGGACCCCAUCAUGGGUGAUCUCAUGAAGGAUCCUGUCUUGCUACCCAGUAAGCAUAUUGUUGACCGAUCAACCAUUGUCCAGCAUCUCCUAAGCGAUCCUAAGGAUCCUUUCACAAGACAAGCCAUGACUAUCGAUGAUGCAAUUCCACAAACGGAACUAAAGGAGAGGAUUGAGCAGUGGCGAGAGGAGCGGGUGCAAGCUGCCAAGGACAAGUUGAAGAGCGAUGUCAUGGAUACCACAGAGGGUUAAGCUCAUGCAAGAGAAUGGUUUUGAAAAAGGGGAAUUAUGUGAUUAGACGUGUUCUGUUGUCUGUCGAAGAUCGGGGAUGGUGCAUGUGUACUUCACUUCGCUCAUGGCGUGAGCACGGAGAAAUGGUCUGCUUAGAAGGGACGGUUUACAUGAGAUGACAGAUCAGGUAUGAUGACAAACAGCGGUCCAGGAACUGCAGCGCAUUUUUACAUGAUAAAUAUCUUGUUCGUCGGAAAUAUAGCGAGUUGCAUUUCCAGUUAACCGUCCUAUCUACAUACACAUAGGGGUAUUUCCGCCGUACCCCUUCCGCUAUCCCCAACGCCUUCUUGACUUUUGAAUCACAGCUCACGCCUUCAAAUCCUUGUACUCUUCCAACACUUGCUCCAGCUCUUUGAGAAUCUCCUGCUUGCGCUCAUCAGAGCACCAGCUUUCCUCAACGGCACCGCGGACGAUCCAUGCCCAGUCCUUAACGGAGAGGCUGAAGGUAUCCUGGACGCGGCAGUAGACUUCCUGGACGUAGGCGCCAAAGUAAGCAGGAUCGUCACUGUUGACACUGAAGAGGACGCCAGCAUCGAGGAACUUGCGCACAGGGGCGUCGGCGAGUUCGGGUAGGUUGCAGAGAGCUACGUUUGACCAGGGGCAGAAAGUCAAGAGGGUGCGGUUGGCAGCCAGUCUUUUGAGGAGUUCGGGGUCCUGAGCGGCUGCGAGGCCGUGGUCGAUGCGCGAAACCUUCAGAUGCUCAAGUGAGGCAGUGAUGAAAGAAGGAGGUGCUUCCUCGCCGGCGUGAGUGGUGAGAUGAGUACCAGUCUUUGCAACACGGGCAUAGACCUCGGUGAAGAGCUCAGGAGGGAACGCCUUCUCGCUCGAGACCAUGCCAAAGCCUGUCAGGGUGCCAUCGUUGAAGUGGCCGCGGUCCAGAAGAGUAUCGACAAGAGCAUGAGACUCGGGAACAGGCAGAUGGCGAAGAAUACAGACAAUCAGCUCGACAGUAAUACCCAACUCCUUCUGAGCACGACGCUUGGCGGCUGUAAGUCCCGCGACGACGGUGUCGUAGCUGACACCUCGAGCGGUGUGCGCCUGAGGAUCGAAGAAGAUCUCAGCAUGUCGAACCUUUUCGCUCGCAGCGCGCUGGAAAUACUGGUACGCAAGAGUCUCAAAGUCGUUUUCGGUGAUAAGCACGCUCAUCCCGAGGUAGUAGUAGUGCAGGAAAUCAUCGAGACAUGUGAAUCUUCCAUAGCGCUCUCGCAACUUAUCAGCCGACUCAUAGACAGGAUCUUCUGGCAAUUUGAUCCCGUUCUUCUCAGCGAGGGAGAAGAGAAGCUCAGGCUCAAGAGUUCCCUCAAUAUGGAGAUGCUGCUCGACCUUUGGCAAAGCCUUGAGGAAGCUGUGGAACUGAGAAUUGCACAUAUUGAUCUUUGCCGAUCAAGUUUAUUUCGUCUUGGUGAGUUCUUGGGAUUAUCACUCGAGUCUUUCUUCUGUUUGUUCACCUUCACCAAAGAGACAGAGGCAAUUAGACUGUGGAGAAU